AUGACUGCUACCUUCCUGAAAGCCAUGCUUUUUGGCCUUGCAUAUGGGCAAGCAAUGUCAUUUUGUGUUCCAACUGAGUAUACGAUGCACGUCGAAAGGAGAGAGUGUGCCUAUUGCCUAACCAUCAACACCACCAUCUGUGCUGGAUAUUGUAUGACACGGGAUAUCAAUGGCAAGCUAUUUCUUCCCAAAUAUGCCCUGUCCCAGAAUGUUUGUACAUACAGAGACUUCAUCUAUAGGACUGUAGAAAUACCAGGAUGCCCCCACCAUGUUGCUCCUUACUUUUCCUAUCCUGUUGCUAUAAGCUGUAAGUGUGGCAAAUGUAAUACUGACUACAGUGACUGUAUACAUGAGGCCAUCAAGACAAACUACUGUACUAAACCUCAGAAGUCUCAUUUAGUGGGACUUUCUGUUUAACUUUAAGAGCAAUAGAAUUUGCAAUUUGGAUAAAUGUGUUUGGCUAGAUUAAAACUAAUAAAAUAUCAUUAUGUUUCACA